GGACGGAGAAAGAAGAAGGGGUGGAGCUUUUAGCUUUAGCACGUCUCAGUUGAAGAGCGCACUAUUUCUUUUGUGGCGCUUUUCGACAUUUUGAUCCACAUCUCCAUUUAAAUUACAUACACGACGCUUCGUUUGUAACACGUCCCAAGUGGCCGACUAACAUCUCGUGGUUUACGCCUGUAAUAAUUCGCUGACUACGUUUGGCGAGUUGAAGAACAAACAGGCUCAGACGCGGCCACGUUUAUCGCCAUUUUGCGUGUUCAACAACUCAAGCAAGAUUUAUUUUGUGCAGCAUGGCGGAAGCAGACCGACCAGGGAAGCUGUUUAUCGGCGGCCUGAAUACUGAGACGACUGAAAAGUCCUUGGAGCAGUACUUCAGCAAAUACGGCAGGAUUGUGCAAGUUCUCCUGAUGAAAGACCAUGAAACAAAGAAGUCCAGGGGCUUUGCAUUUGUGACAUAUGACAGUCCAGCUGAUGCAAAGGAUGCGGCACGUGAGAUGAAUGGAAAGUCUCUUGAUGGCAAGCCCAUUAAAGUGGAGCAGGCUACCAAGCCUCAGUUUGAAUCUGGGGGCAGAAGAGGACCCCCGUCAAUGCAUUCUCGUGGUCGGGGCUCAGGCAGAGGCCCACGUGGAUCCAGAGGUGGAGGAAUGAGGGGCCCACCAUCCAGAGAUUACUAUGAUGACGAUGACGACUACUAUAAAAUGUCAUCAAGAGGCCCACCUCCUAUGAAGAGAGGACCCCCAAUGCGUAACGGAGGCCCGCCACCGAAGAGAUCGACCCCAUCUGGUCCCAUGAACAGAACCCCCAUGUCAAGGGACAGAGACCCCUAUGGUCCACCCCCUCGCAGAGACUCAAUGAUGUCCAGAAGGGACGAAUAUCCAUCUCCCAGAGAUGACCAUUACAACUCCAAGGAUGGGUACUCUGGUCGGGAUUAUAACUCAAGAGAUUCAAGAGACUAUGGACCUCCUUCCAGAGAUUAUUCGUACCGGGAUUACUCCAAUUCCCGAGAUGACUAUGGCUCCAUGUCAAGAGGUUACAAUGACCGUGAUGGCUACGGAGGAGGGCGUGAUUCCCGAAGUUAUAUGGACCGUCCUAGCGGAGGCGGCGGAUCAUACAGGGAUUCGUUUGAUGGUUACGGUAACUCUCGCAGUGCCCCACCUUCACGGGGCCCCCCACCGUCCUUCGGUGGGGGCAGCGGAAGCGGUCGUUACGAUGACUAUGGCGGCAGUUCCCGGGAUGGCUAUGGCGGUCGUGACAGUUACAACAGUCGGAGUGAGCCGUAUCCAUCUCCCCGCGGCGAGCGAAUGGGUAGGCAGGAGAGGGCUGCUCCCCCUGGCGAUAGAGGGUACCCCCCUCGUGAUUCGUACGGCUCAAGUCGUGGAGGGCCACGAGGCGGCCGUGGAGGCAGUCGACCCGACAGAGGCAUGAAUCGCAACAGAUACUAAAAUGGACAUUGAAGGCUCUUGGCAGCAGAUUUUAGUCUUCAUGAAGAGUUCAAGCGUUGUGGGGGGAAAGUCUGACGGCAAAAAAAAAAAACACCAUGUCUAAAUGUGGCUCAUGAGUUGUAGCUUUAAAUUGUAUCUUGACUUUCCCGAUUUUUUUGUAUGUAUUAUCAACUUUUUUUCCACUUUCUCUUUUUAAGUAACGAUACCGUUGCCCAGUGUUUUGUUUAUUUUUGGUACAUUCAGUGCUUCUGGAAUCGGCAAUGCCCUUGAGUUUGGCGCAUCUACUUAAUAAAGAUUUUAGUUGUACCACUGACCACUGAGCAUCAAUACGACAAGACCACAGGCCUGGGCUUCAGUGCCAAAGAAAAAUAUCUCAAGUUCUCUAAGGUUUAGUUGCUGAAUCUCUACUCUGGAACUUCACCCAAAAGAGAAAUUGGUCACUUCUGUGUUGAGUUAGGCAAUUGUCACUGUCAAAAUGUUCCAAUAUAGUUCCCUUGGAAAUGGAUCCUUCAUUCUAGAGCUAUUCGCUGGCACGCUACGACAAAACCAAAGGCAAGAACAAGCAAAUGCAAGCUUCUAUCCUACAAGAACCCAUAGUCAACUGCUGGUAAGCAAAGCAAACCUCUUUGUCUCAAAUCUGUACUUGCAUUUCAUUUUUCGUAUAUAGCAGUCUUCACUCAAUUCAAGACAAUAGAGCCUCAAGGACUACAAAAAAGUGGAUGUCAACUUGAAUGUGCCUUUUUAACUAGCCAAAUUUGUCGGAACAGCAACAAGCUCUAAGGCAAGCUAAGACCUAUUAUCCCUUGCCACAAUGAAAGUUUUCCAUUAUUUUCCUCAGCUGAACCCUGAAAAUUAAGAUCCUCUUUUACCAAGUGCCUGUCUAAUCAAAGCACUUGUCUAAAGUAAGCAAGGUUAACAAUUUUACUUACAAUACCAUAAAUAAAACAAUUGUCAAAGCUUUAUUUGUCAAUGUAAAAUAUACAAUGAACGUCCAAUUGUCCAUCUCAAAACCUUUUCCUCAACCAAAGGAGACCUCUGAAAGAACCCUGGCAUUGCAACCAUCAAACUGGAACAAUUGUUCAAGUGAAAGGCAGUGGAACCAAGGACAUUUCGGAUCACCUUUUAUAGUUCAUGAAUACAAAAUAAUGACGAGUGGGAGGUUAACUUUGCCAUCCUGUUGCAGGGUGAACCUGGGUGAAGGCUAACAAACCUCGAUACGCACCCCAUCUCGGUCCUUGGGUUCUCGGACUACUGGCCCAAUGCUCAACACAUUCCAGCUUGUACAGGGUCUGUCUCGGGCGUGGGAGAACUUGAGAGACUCUGGAACUGAGAACAAGCUGAAGCUCGACACUGUCGUGUUUAAUAAAUGGUCAAACCUGAA